CACUCCAGUCAGGCACCCCUCGUCCCCCCGUUCAUUUAUGAUAACGAUAUGUAUCUUUUUAAACGAGUAGCAUUUCAUUACUCUAGCCAAUUCUCUGUAGUGGAUAUAAGCCACAGCACAUCAGACCUGGCCCGGCCGCAGGGGCAGCCGGCAAAGCCAUGAAAGCCUCCGCUACCGUCUUAUUCGCGCUGCAGUCCCUGUGUCUGCUCGGAGAGCACGGAGCCACCCAGAACCGGCAGUACGACGACGCUCGCAUCGCCGACGAGCUGGGACGCUUGCUCAAGCUGCCGCAGCCGCUUCACUACGCGGGGCCGGACUUCCACUUCGAGUACCCAGUGUUCGCCAAUAACGGCGUCACCUUGGCGGGCGUGACGUACAGCCUGGACGACUUCUCGCUGCCCUGGCGCCUAGUGCGCCACUAUGCACGGAUGCAGCUGAGCACCUACAAGAUGGCGGCCGGCAACCCGGCCAUGAGGGCCGCCAUAGCGCGUCACAAUGCGGAGCGCAUGACGGACUUUCUCAACCGCGUCGAGAUGGCCGGGAUGCGGGGAGCACAGUUCGGCCAUGGCAACGUUCAAGUGGUCCAGGAAUCAGGGCUGAUGUCCGAGGUGAAGCUGGUAUCCGAGGUGAACGUAUAUGUCGUAGUGACCCUGGUGGCUGCACUAGUGGUUUUAUUCACCGCCUACUGUUCCUGCGUCAUCGCCAAGCAUGUGUCCUGCCUCCUAAAGGACACUGCGCCACAGCCCGUAGCCCAAGAACGGGCAUGUCUCCUACUGCAAGCGGCUGAGUGA